AUGGCCGGCGUAUACGAUGACCAGCAAGGUGAAGGUGGGUUCCGCAGGAGACGACCACGGCCUAUCACCGACUACGGCACCUCCAUGGUACAAUGGCUAGACAAGCGCAAACCUGGGUAUAGAGGGUCUCACCACUAUGAAUCAGAGCGACCCAGUCUCAGCUAUGUUGUCGAUAUGUUGCCGCCCCAUGCGCGACGCGAUGCUCCAGCAGAAUCAAUUCCCGUGCGUCAUUUGCACACUUCUCUGGGGAAAUCCAAAAAGCCUGUCACUGUGGUACGGUGGAUGCCUGAGGGCCGUCGCUUGCUGGCCGGCGUGCACAACGGUGAAUUCAUGCUUUGGAACGGCAUGUCUUUCAACUUCGAAACCGUUACUGUCAUGGGCUCGAGCUCGUUGCGUGCUGCCGAAUGGUCCAAUCGAAAGGAUUGGCUGAUCUCUGCAAAUGACGAGGGGACCGUCUACUAUCUACAGCCAACCUUGAACAACCCGCACCGUUUCAAAGCUCACGAUGCUCCCAUUAGAGAUCUAGCAUUUGCCCCCAGCGAUGCAAAGUUCGUCACCGCUUCCGAUGACAAUACGCUCAAGAUCUGGGAUUUCACUUCCUCGACUAAUGAAUCCACCUUCAAAGACCAUGGCUGGGAUGUGAAAGCGUGUGAUUGGCACCCGACGAAAGGCCUGGUCGUCUCGGGCAGCAAAGAUCACAGCGUGAGGCUAUGGGAUCCACGAACCACAAGGAAUUUAACGACCCUCCAUGGCCAUAAAAACGCAAUCACAGCCACAGUCUUCAGUCGACUACGCGACCAGCUUCUUGCAACGGCGGGUCGAGAUGGACAAACGCGUAUCUUCGACCUACGCAUGAUGCGCGAUGUGGCUAUUCUCCGAGGCCACGAAAAAGGCGUUGCCACGUUAUCAUGGCACCCUAUCCAUCCUUCUCUUCUCAGCACGGGUGGUGACGACGGCUCGCUGCUCUCGUACCUCCUCACGGAACCCAACACUCCCCUAGGUCUCUCCUCCACAACCGUCUCGCCCUACGAUACACCCGACCCACGCUCUGCACCACCUCAGUCAAUCUACCCCGCCCAUCGCAUUCCUCACGCACACGAAUCUUCCAUCUGGAGUCUCGACUGGCAUCCCCUCGGCCACAUCCUUGCAUCUGGCUCUAACGACCACUACACGCGAUUCUGGUCACGCAGUCAACCUGGCCAAACGACAUGUUUCAAGGACCAGUUCCAUCUUGGAGAGGAAGGUGCGGAGGCUCAAGGUACUUGGGAUCGGAAAUCUGGUCGUAAGCAGGCCAGAGAGCAAGAGGAGCAGGAAGAAGAGGACGAAGCAGAGGGUUUGGAGGAUCAAGCUCCAAAUGCUCAGGGUGGGGGACUUCCCGGCCUCAGUAUCCCGGGACUGCCAGGUCUUAGUGGGCUGCCUGGGAUUGGGGUGAAUGGAUCGAGCGUCCCAGGACCAACACAACCUCUACCGGGCUUCCCCCCUCCGCCCAUUCCUCCACCUCAAGGAGUAAACCCAGGAGGUUUAUUUCCGGGCUUCCCUCAAACUCUGUCUCAGCACCCACCUCCUCCCUUUCCACCUCCUGGAUUGGACCCGGAUGCAUUACAACGGCUCUUCUCCCACGCCCAGCAGCAGCAAACACCGCAACCACACGCACCAGGAGCUACGAAUGGACCACCACCGCCCCUCUCCUUGCCCUCACACCACCAGCCUCACUACGCCAUUGAUUUCGCAAACCUAAACCUCCAAAACCUGCCGCCGGGCUUUCCCCCACCACCGCCUCCAGGAAUGCAGUUCCCACCAGGUGGGCUCCCUGGAUUAAUUUCGCAAUCAAACACACCUGUCGGGGCCGGCAUUCCUGGUCUAGGUGGGCCGCCAGGCGUCGCCGUCGGCAUCGGGACACCACCGAAUGGCGCUGCGGCGUCCAGACAGCGAAUCCCACUUCCGAGUCAGCAGGAUGGGUUCAAGGCCGAACAGGCGCGAGGCAAUUUCCGCCAUGCGAGAUAG